AUGCAAAUGACAGGUUUUGUGUUAAGUGGAAUUUGCUUAGUUGAGAUGGCUGGUAGAAACGAUGCUGCGAUUGCUGCUGCUUUGGAGGCUAUGGCUCAGGUAUUGGCAAAUCAGCCAAAUGCUGAUGAGAAUGCGGGAUCUCGCAGUUUGGCGACCUUCCAGAGGGAGAAUAUGCCGGUCUUCAAAGGAAAGCAUGACCCUGAUGGCGCAUUGGAGUGGUUGAAGGAGAUUGAGAGGAUCUUCUGUGUGAUGGACUGCACUCAGGCACAGAAGAUUCGGUAUGGAACUCAUAUGAUGGCAGUCGAAGUUGAUGACUGGUGGCUAGAGACUCACCAGAGAUUGGAAGUUGCUGGUGAAGAGAUCACUUGGGUUAUGUUCCGUAGAGAGUUUAUGAGGAAGUAUUAUCCUGAAGAUGUUCGGGGUAAGAAGGAGAUUGAGUUUCUUAAGCUAAAACAGGAGAAUAUGUCAGUGACAGAGUAUGCUGCAAAGUUCAUUGAGUUGGCUAAGUUUUACCCGUAUUAUGAUGGAGCAGGUGCUGAGUUUUCAAAGAUUUAUGAAAAAGAUCAUAAUGCACAUUACAAAAUUGUCAAGGAUAAGAGAGGCAAGCAGAACCGUGGCACACCUUAUGAUGCUCCAGUUGGAAAGAGUAAAGAAGAUGUGGUUGAUGGAAAGAGAACUAGUGGGGGAGAAUCUCCUGCUAUCCUCGUUUGUUUCAAUUGCGGGAAACCUGGUCAUAAGAGUAAUGCGUGCAACCUUGAAAUGAAGAAAUGUUUUCGGUGUGGUAAGAUGGGACAUGCUAUCUCGGAUUGUAAGCAUAAGGAAAUGGUUUGUUUUAACUGCGGUGAAGAAGGACACAUUGGGGGUCAGUGUCUAAAACCGAAGAAGACGCAAUCUGGUGGAAACGUGUUCGCGUUGGUGGUAAGUCAGAUUGAUUGUGAGGACGAGCGCGUUGGAGGUAAUGUUUCGUUAGUAUACUCCUUUAAUAGCUACAUUUGA